GCUCGAGCGCCGGGCACAGCCCGUCGCGCGCACGCCCCCGUUCCCCUCCGGCUGGCCGUGGGGGGCCGCCCGGGCGCCCCCCCGAAGCAGGGCUCUCCUUUGGUGCUUACCUCUCCCGCGCCGCGGGCGGCCCCGCGCCCCCCCCGCGCGCGCAGGCGGAUCUUCCUGAGCAAUGAGCGCCUCCGUGGGAAUGCUCGGUGCUGGCGGAGCUGCGGCGGCCGGGACGGCAGCCGUCGCAGGAUCGUGGCUCUUCGACUACAACCGCGCAAAUUUCCAGUUCGACCAGGGCCAGCGCUGGGGCCGCUUCACCGCUGCCCGAGGCUUCGCGAACGCCCAGGUCAGCCAGUACCGCGAGGACAUCAUCGGCAUCACUUCCGUCACGCAGAGCAAGAUGGACGCGUGGACCACCGUGUCCACGCUCUUCCUGUGCGUCUGCGCCGCCCUCUCCGAUGCCGGCCGCAUCGGCAUGCACGGCGCUGCACCGCCGGGCUGGCUCUGUGCCCUCUACUCCGGGAACGUCUUCACCUCCGUGAUGUACUGCGGCCUCGCCCUGUGGCUCUCGAUGCACGGA